AGGGCGGCAUAACGCUCAACAUGGUGCCAUCGGGUCAAAUAUUUCUUCACAAUACUAAAGAUUCUAAUUAAAUAUUGACUCAAGUGAAUAAAAUAAUUUGAAGUGAAGAUGUGGUGUUAGUGUUCUAAAUGAUUGAAAUCAUGCCUCUGGCAGACAUAAUUCGGCGCGCGUCGACGUACAUUUUGGGCUCCGAUGAAGAGUUAUCAAAGAUGGCUCAGUACGAAGACAACGAAGUGCUUUUCUGCAAAAACAACGUAUGUGUACAUCCACCAGCGAUGGUGCGGCAAGACACUGAUAUUCUCCAUCAUCCUGGAUAUCUCAGCAUCACCUCUAAGGUCUUCGUUGAUCAAUACAACGAGACAAAAAGACCCACGCUUUUCCUCACCUGGAUUCCAAACACAGCUCUAACCAAAUGCCCCAGUGCUCUACAAAAUUCCUAUAACCACAACAAGCAGACUAGCAUGGAAAGCUUAAACUCGAAUGAUUCCAACGGAAGUAUUCCAGAACGUCCAGCUAGUAUCGAACUCAAAAGCACAAACCCAUUCCUUAAUUACGACACCACCGAUUCCCUGAGUUCCGAAGACAGUGAUAAACAAGGCACUAUCAUCAACAUCAACGUCGAUAUCGCUAAUCCAGACAUUGAAAUCGUUACAACUCCAGACAGCGUCAAAGAUUCCGCAGAAAAAUUCGAGUUUUCCCGAUCCGGAAGUGUUACUUCAAACGACAGUCAAUUGAAUUGGAUUACAACACCGGAAUUUCUAGCUCAAAAGCAUAAUUUGAUGUUUCCUGAAAGCAACAAUUGUUCGCCUGUAUUACCAACAAAGCAGCUACAUAAAUGCAGAAGAUUCAGUGUUGAUUUGAGUCAAAUGCGGUCACUGCGACUUUUUUUCAACGAUGCGAAUUGCACGUGUGGACAACUUGUUGUGGCCUCAAGAGAAUCGCAAUACAAAAUUUUGCAUUUCCAUCACGGAGGGUUGGACCAUUUGGCGCAGGUGUUGCAUCAGUGGCAUUCGUUGCUACAUAAUAUCAAGCAUGCAAAAGGUUACGAAGAAAACCUCCCCUACCGCCACUUUAUGGUAUGUCGGCCUGAAGUUUCCGACCUUGAGCUCCACCCAGAAGAAGGUCAAGUCCCCAAACUUACCGAAGAAAUGUUCCGAAGUUUGUUCAAUGAAGUCGGCCAACUCGAGGACGACUUAAGUUUGCGCAAAUCAAUCUUCUUCUCCGGAAUGGAGCGAAACCUUCGAAAAGAAGUUUGGCCAUUCCUCCUCCACGUCUACCCCUACCAAAGUACCUUCUCAGAGCGCAGCCAAAUCGCAGAAAUCCGGCGUCAAGAAUACGACGAAAUCACAAGGCGACGUCUCGAUCUAUCUGGGGUCCAACUCAACCAAUUCCGGAGAAAAGUCCAAAGUGUUAUUGAGAAAGACGUCGUGCGGACCGACCGAGGAAACCCUUUUUUCGCCGGCGAUGACAAUCCUAAUUUAGACGUAAUGAAGAAUAUUUUACUCAAUUAUGCUGUGUACAACCCAGGUUUGGGGUAUACGCAAGGCAUGAGUGAUUUGUUGGCGCCGGUUCUUUGCGAACUCAGAGAUGAAGUGGCAGCGUUUUGGUGUUUUGUUGGGYUGAUGCAAAGGGCGGUCUUCGUCGCAACGCCUACGGAUAGGGAUAUGGAUAGGUCGUUGCGYUAUUUAAGGGAGUUGGUGAAACUGAUGGUGCCUCGAUUUUACGAACAUUUGGAAAAGCACAAGGAUGCGACUGAGUUGCUUUUCUGUCAUCGCUGGAUUCUCUUGUGUUUUAAGCGAGAAUUUACCGAAGCCGUGGCCUUGAGAAUGUGGGAGGCCUGUUGGGCAAACUACUUGACGGACUACUUCCACCUGUUUUUGUGUCUUGCUAUMAUCUGUGUUUAUGCCGACGAUGUCAUUGCUCAAGAUUUAAGAGCUGAUGAAAUGUUGCUGCAUUUUAGUUCGCUAGCCAUGUAUAUGGACGGGCAAGUAAUCGCACGUAAAGCUAGAGGUUUGCUUCAUCAGUUUAGGCAAUUGAGAGAAAUUCCCUGCACUUUGUCGGGACUUUGUACAAGAUGUGGCCCUGGAAUUUGGGACAGUUCCCACAGUCCCAGGAUUUACUGUACAGGACAUGACCUUCCAGGACACUGUAAUAAUUGCAUCAACUAAACUUUGACUUUUUUGUUGUUGAUUAGGAGGCCCUUCAAAAUGUCUCAAAUUGAUGCUUUUGCUGAAUAAAAGAAACAAUUUGAGACUCAAUAUGGAAUAAUGCGGUGUCUAAAGUUAUAUGUUUCUCUCUGUGACAAGAAUAUAUAAUUUUAUAAAAAAAUGUACAUACUGUUCACAUUUUUAUUUAAAUUUGAUUGAUAAUCAUAUCAAAACUAUUAUGACACGGUUGUGUACAACUGUAUAAUAAUUAAAUUGUUAUUAUAGAUUUGCAAAACUGUAUUUAUUAUUAGAAAUAAAUGCUUGGCAAGUG